AUGUCCUCAGCUACGCAACUUCCCCUCGCCGGCAGGGUCGCUAUCGUGACUGGAGCCUCCCGCGGGAUCGGCGAGCAGAUCGCUUUUGAGUUGGCGAAGCGCGGGGCGAAGGUCAUGAUCACUUUCACCUCAGAUAGCAGCCAGAAGCGCGCCGACGACCUUGUUGCCCGCAUAGCCGCGCUGAACAACGGUUCCGCCGCCGCCACCGUCAAGGCCGAUCUCCGCCUCCUGCCAUCCCCUCAACAGAUCGUUGACGCCACCCUCGCCGCCUUCUCUACCUCGCACAUUCAUAUCCUCGUCAACAACGCCGGCGUCGAGUUUCAAAAGCCCGCCAUCGACGUCACCCCCGAGGAAUACGCGUCCCUCUUCGACAUCAACGUUCGCGGCGCGUACUUCAUGACGCAGGCCGUCGCGCGGGUUCUGGGCGAUCACGGGCGGAUUGUCAACAUAUCGUCUGUCGGUGGGCGGGCUGGCUAUCAGGGCUUCUCGCUCUACUGCGCGAGCAAGGCCGCGCUGGAGGGCAUGACGCGCGUGUGGGCGGCCGAGCUUGGACCGCAGGGCCAUACCGUCAACGCCGUUGCGCCCGGUCCAGUGCAGUCCGACAUGCUGGACAAGAUACCGGCAGAGUUGAAGGAUUUCCAGAAAGCGCAUACGCCGAUGGAGCGCCGGUUCGGGACAGCGGAUGAUAUCGCUCAGAUUGUCGCAUGGCUCGCGGAGGAGAGCUCGCGCUGGAUAACGGGGCAGACGCUCUCGUCGACCGGAGGAUUCGCAAUGUAUUAA